AAAACAUCCUGAGUCUGCCAAGAAACCCCACUUCCCUUCCUCUUUGCUCUUGAAGAGUUGAAGUCUCAUUCUGAGCAAGCACGGAGAUAUAGUCUUGUACAAAUAAGUCUCACUCUGUGAAAAAAAGCUGGGCGCGCCUAGUAAGGUUUGUGGAGCGAAUAACUUUUGAGUUUUUCACUUCUUUGAGACUUGAGAGCUAUGAAUAUAAUUCAGAAACCGCUACACGGCCGCCAUUUUUUGUCUCGCCUGACAACCUCAUGGGUUGCGAGCAAACACAUUUCUUGCUCCUCUGAUUCAUCUUCAGACACCAGUGAUCUGUGCUCCCAGACAUUGGAUUCCCAGUUGAGAUCACAUCUAUGCGCAAAGCAUUGCCCUAGUUCAUCCGCUUUAGUUGAGGCUGUGCGCCUCUUUGAGCAUGCAGUUUUUGAUUUGAGACAAUGUCCCCAUGCGUCUACAUGCAAUUUUCUUGUUGAAACUCUGGUAAAGAACAAGGCAUACGGACUUGCAUUUGAUACGUAUGGCAAAAUUACCCACACCCUUGGUUCUGCUCAUUUUAAGCAUAGUUUUUUAACUCUAGCCGCCUUGGUUGAGAUUUUCGUGCACACUCACAUGCCUGAUUUGGCCUUUUCUGUGUUUGGGUUGAUUUUUAAGCGAGGUUUUGUUAUCAAUGUGUACCUCUUCAAUAUGUUGUUGAAAGGCUUCUGUGAAAAUGGGAUGGUUCACAAGGGGGUGGAACUUUUCUGUGGGAAAAUGGUAUCCCCUGACACAGUUAGCUAUAACACCCUCAUUAAAGGGCUUUGCAAGGCGAACAAAUUGCAGGAGGCUUUGAACUUGAGGGUUGGUAUGGAAAAUGCAAACCUUACUCCCAAUGUGCUCACAUAUACUAUAUUGAUGGAUGGGCUUUUCAGGGAAGACAGGGAGGUGGAUGAAGCAAUGGGAUUGCUGGAUGAGAUGAAGAUCAAGGGUUUGGAACCUGAUGUGUUUACCUUUACCAUACUUAUAAAUGGGCUUUGCAGUAAAGGUAAUGUGAACAAAGGCAAGGAGGUGUUUAAUGAAAUGCUAGUGCAUGGGGUAUCUCCGAAUGUAGUAACAUAUACGUCUUUGAUAAAUGGCUUUUGUAAGAAGGGCCAGCUGAAAGAAACCAUGAUGAUGUUCAAUUCUAUGUUGGAGCGUGGAAUCAAGCCUGAUAUUGUCACAUUCACCAGCAUAAUAAAUGGGCUUUGCACAGGCGGAAGGGCAGACAAAGCAUUGAAGGUGUUUAAAUCGAUGCUUGCAAAGGGUGUAGUGCCUGGGAGUAUAACUUACAAUGUUCUGCUUCGUGGACUUUUUGAUAAGGGAUUAUUAACCGAUGCUUAUAAUAUCUUACAACUAAUGAUAGAGAAGGGUGAGAAACCAGACGUGGUGACCUACAAUACCAUCGUGCAGGGGUUUUGUUACAAUGGGAAGGUAGAUCAUGCCAUGGCACUGUUUAACUCAAUGUUGACAGACAAGAAGAUUUAUACUGAACCAGAUGUUAGAACAGUGACUGUUUUGGUUCAAGCACUGUGUCAAGAAAAACGCAUUGAUGAGGCUACAAAGGUUCAUAGUAAGAUGGCGGCUGAUAACAAAAAACUUGUUGAUGUGCGAACUUUCACUGUGCUCAUUGGAGCUUAUCUAAAGGAGGAACAUAGUGUUGAGCAAGCUCUGUGUAAAUGGAAGCAGAUGACUGAACUUGGUUUUAUUCCAGACUCACUUUCCUUCAGUUCCUUAAUUGAUGGAUUUUGUAAGUUAAAAAUGCUAAACAUUGCAAAGGGGAUUUUUCUAACCCUGAAGAACCGCACAGUGUUUGAUUAUAACUCAGUCAUGGCAGCUUUGUGCAAGGAAAGCAGCUUUGAACAAGCAAGGAGGUUGAUUCAGGAGAUGAUAAGUGAUGGGAAGUGUAAACCUGAUUCUGUCUCGUACAAUAUCAUAAUUGAUGCGGCUUUGGAAUCAGGAAAUUUGCAGCUUGCUGAAGAACUACUAACCCAAAUGCUUCAAAGGGGUUUGAACCCCGAUGCUUUCACCUUUUCUAUACUAAUAAGUAGGUUUUCAAACCUAGGACAGAUUGAGGUGGCUAAGAAAUUGUUUGACAAAAUGGUUGCAUCUGGCCUCACACCCGGCAUCCAUGUAUAUGAUUCUUUACUCAAGGGAUUUAGUCUUAAAGGCGAACCAGAUGAAAUUAUUCAUAUGCUUCACCAAAUGGCUGCUAAAGGAAUUGUUUUAGACUCUAAAAUCACUUCAACUAUUUUAAGAUGUAUUUGUGACACGUCUGAAGAUCUCAAUUUGGUAGAGCUUCUUCCAAAGUUUGCUGAGCAACAAUCAAAAGAAAUAUGUGUUCCAUGUGAUGCAUUACUGAUAAAGAUCCAAAAGAGUCUUCACAAGUGUCAGACAUGUUCAGCUUGAUUCUUAGACUUCAGUCACUUGUUCACCAUUUUCCAUCAUUUGCAAUGGAGCCAAAGAUUCAUCCUAUACCUAAAAGCACUACACUAGAGAGAGAAAAUUCUCCCGCCCAAGAGCAUGGCCUAAAAUGUAAUUUCGCAGCUCAGCAAUUCUAUGCUCACCAUUUCUCGCCCACCUCCUCGUCUUUGCCUUAUCCUCUCUUUCCUUCACCGGAUUUUUCUUCACCGAUUUCCGUGGAUCGCUUCACCCUUACCCAUACUAUAUCUAAACCCUCACCACCUUCUCUUCGACGUUUUAAGCAUUUGAAGAGCUCCAGGAGAUCCUCUGAUUCUCCGAGCCGCACUGGAAGAUGAAUUCUCUCACUCCAUCGCUUGAAUUCAUCGAGUGUGAUGUUGCAUCCUGACAAGUUAGGGCAUCCAAAUUGGCUGAUAUGAACAAAUCACAACGAUUCACUUUGCCCCCAAACCCUAUUCCAUUGGAUUUAGACACUUCAUUGAUUUGGUAUAUGUGUCAUCUCUCUUUCACAUCCGACUAUUCAAAGACUACUCACUGUUGAUGGAGGUAAUCUAUGACCGUGUGUUUGGAAUGAGGGGGCCCGGGGAGGAAUGUUAAUAAACUAUAAAGUAAAGGCAUCAUAAAGGAGGGGAGGGAUGAUCAUGAUCCACAUAGACGGUACACAUUUGCUUCUUCUCUGCUGGAGAAGAAGCAAAUACUCGCAGUAAACAAUCCAAGCAAACCCGCAAACAAGUUGCACCUUCUGCAAUGUUUUCUUCCAAAUGCUAUACCAAAGGUGCUUCUUUAUGAUAUUUCUGGUUAGAGGAGACCUAUAAUAUGAAUUGAUUUUCAGCACAAACAUCCACAAAAACUGUAGCUAAGACCUAGAUGGGUGCAAAGUAUAAGCAAGCAAAUGAUCUCAAUUGAUAAGUGCAAAGGUUGUAUGCAAUUUGCAAAUGCUGGUUCACAUUAGCACUAUCAGAGAGAAUGCUUUACUUAUUUUGUUUUUCUUAAUAUUUACUCUUUCUUUUUUCCUUAAGUUUGAUGCAUUUGCACACUUUGCAUAUUUUAGUGCUGGAAAAAACAGCAGGGAAGGGAGAGGAGUUGUUCUCAGCAAGUUAUGGUCAGUGGCUCAAUAUAUUAGGGAUAAUGUUGUGACUAUUGCGAUUCUUGAAUAAGGAGCUUUUUUAAGUGACUAGUAUUUCACCCGUGCGUUGCACGGGAUAACAAAUUACCAAAUUACUCAUGAAGAUCUUCAGUUUCCCCAAUCAACUCUAUUAAUCUGAAGUUGAUAUUCUUGACUCCGUGUAAGUAUGAAACGCACUACCAACUAUUUUAUGAAUUGUAUUUAAGCGUGUAUUUAAGAUAGUAAGCCAAAAAUAUCAAUGAAUAUGUAUAAAUAGUGAGCUAACAA